UCUUUUUUUUUUGCUUUACAAUAGAAUAAGAUAUAAUAAAAAGACACGAUUAGUUGAAAAAAAAGUAAAGUUUUCUCCCAAGAAAAAAAGCUUUUUCUUUAUAAAAUGAUUAAAGUUUUUACAGAUUUUGUAACAAUGUUUUAUUAUUUAUCAUUGUUGAGUGUCAAUAUAGCUAUUGGUAAUUCUAUGAAUUUAUAUGCGAAUACUUCUCAUGCAUUAAUAGAAGUUACGCGAAAUGAGAUUUUCGUAAAUUCUGAUUUUAUUAUUCUUCAAAUUGUAGAAGAAAAUAAUUUAACUUUAAAUUCCAUGGAGAAUAUUUUAAAAUGGAACUUCACUAAUGAUAAAUCACUAUCGGGUAAUAUGAAAAUAAAUUUUAUUACAUCCGGAAGAGAAAUAAAUCAAAAUUUUAAAAUUUGUAAUUUAUAUCAUGAAAAAACGUAUACAUAUAUUGGACAAGAAUUGUUUAUUAAAAUAUUUGCCAAUUUUGAAAGACCAUGGUAUCAAAAAAUUUUAGAUUUAAUUAAUAAUUCACGUUGUCCUUUACUGAAUCCUAAGAAUUUUGUAAAUUCAAAAUACAUAAGAAUGGAGAUAUUAAAACCAAAAACAAUGGAAUGUGAUAAAAAAAUUAGUAUAACUUUAAAUAUUACUCUUCGGAAUAAUAAAAAAAACAAUAAUCCUCUUCCAAUAAUUGCAUACGCCAUUUAUAAUGGAGCUGUAAAAUGUCCCGAUGAAAAACAAUCAACUUCAUUUUUAUUUCAUAAAAAAAAUGCAUAUUUAACGGAUGCAUUUAUGAAUUGAAAUUUAUUGAAUUAACUGAAUAAAAAAUAAAAAAAAUGAUUAAAUCUAUAAUAGUGAUUAAUAAAAACAAUUAUGUAAUUUAA